UUCAUAAACAGCUCGUCAUCCACCUCCGUAGCUUGUUAGCCAACAUAGCCGAAAGAUUCAAGCUAUUUAUACGCUUUCGGCGUAUAUUAGCUACUGUGUUUUAGACACACGUCUGUCGUAUCUACUUGUUAACCUAUUUAAUUGAAUAUUACGUUACUUUUUAUUAGUCAGCUAUUGUAGCUGGCUGGUUAAGUUAGCACUAGCCUUGUCGCUAAUGAUAGCUAGCUAACAUCCCCGAACAUGAGCUCCCUAAACUACUCUCCUCCUGCUGAAGAAGAGGUGGUCUGCUGGACGGAGAAAGAACCUCUGGGGCUGAACGUUGUCGUGAAAGAGGAGAAGGAAGAGGAGGACGUUACAGUAAAACAAGAAGAAGAGGGUGAGGCUGUUACCGUGAAAGAAGAAGAGAAAGACGUUUCAGUGAAAGAAGAAGAGAAAGACGUUUCAGUGAAAGAAGAGGAAGAAGCGUUAAGAGUGAAAGAGGAGGUUGUUACAGUAAAAGAAGAGGAGAAAGAGGAUGUCGUUUUUGGAGUGAAGAAAGAAGGGGAGAUUACUGUCACAUUGGAAGAUGAAGAGAUGGAGAUAGGAGAUCUGAUUAACACCAGAGAGAGACGGGACUAUCAUGGAUCCUCUGGGGAGCCUCAACAACCUCAUGAUGCUGACAAGGCAGAGAAGAGUCUCUCCAGAUCAGAACACCUCAAGAAACACCAGCAGAGACCUACAGGGAAGAAAUCUCAUUGCUGCUCUGACUGUGGGAAACAUUGCAAAUCUUCAUCAGAUCUUAAAAUACACCAGCGAGUACACACAGGAGAGAAAUCAUACUGCUGCUCUGACUGCGGGAAAAGUUUCUCAAGAUUAAAAUCACUAGAGGUACACAUGAGAAUUCACACUGGAGAGAAACCUUACAGCUGUGAUCAAUGUGGGAAAAGUUUUACUAUAUCUAGCUCUCUGAUUAUACACCAGAGAACACAUACAGGAGAGAAACCGUACAGCUGUACUCAAUGUGGGAAGAGUUUUACUCAGUCAAGCAACCUGGUAUCACACCAGAAAAAACACACAGGAGAGAAAUCUUAUAGCUGUGAUCAAUGUGGGAUGAGUUUUACUCAGUCAAGCACUCUGUUAUCACACCAGAGAACACACACAGGAGAUAAACCUUAUAGCUGUGAUCAAUGUGGGAAGAGUUUUACUACAUCUAGCCAUAGGAUUGUACACCAGAGAACACACACAGGAGAGAAACCUUAUAGCUGUACUCAAUGUGGGAAGAGUUUUACUCAGUCAAGCAACCUGGUAUCACACCAGAGAAAACACACAGGUGAUAAACCUUAUAGUUGUGAUCAAUGUGGGAAGAGUUUUACUACAUCUAGCCAUCGGAUUGUACACCAGAGAACACACACAGGAGAGAAAUCUUAUAGCUGUGAUCGAUGUGGGAAGAGUUUUACUUCAUCUACCAGUCUUAUUGUACACCAGAGAACACACACAGGAGAGAAACCUUAUAGCUGUGAUCAAUGUGAGAAGAGUUUUGUUACAUCUAGCCGUCUUAUUGUACACCAGAGAACACACACAGGAGAGAAGCCUCAUAGCUGUGAUCAGUGUGACAAGAGAUACUCUGAUAAAAGAUCUCUGAUCAAACAUCAGAAAAUACAUACAUGAAGGAGUUGUUUCACGACAUCAAUAAAAUAAUGUCAUAAUGUUUUAACAUUGUAGGAGUAUUUUAUUGAUGUCACAAUGUAGAACCCUAAACAUUUGCCCCCUGUUCUAUUGAUUUCAACAUGAUAUGGAUAUUAGUCUCGGGGAAAAUCCAGGCUCUGAUUUGAAAGAGUUACUACUUAUGUGAUUUAACAAAAAGUGACGAGCUGUCUUACACUUACCACGUUGGUGACCCACUUUAAUCAAAAUGUAGCUAGCUCUUUUCUACAAGUUGUCCUCGAUCCAGGGAUGUACACAUUAUUCCCAUAUUCUGUGUGGUUUUUGAGCUGUUAGUUUUAACAGGACGUGCAACCUCAUCUCCCCACUCUCACGCAAUUGAUUUCUACAUGAUAUCAAUGAGUGAUGAAAAAUAAGUGUUGUGUUCCUUUGUUUAGCGACCCCUAAAUUGAAAGGCAUCACUCCAAAAUGUAGCAACCAUCUGACCUUUUUCGGAUACAAUUAUAUUGACAUUGUUGCCCUGCUUUUAGAAUAUCAGGGUUCAUUCUCAGAUGUGCCAACCCAAAUGUACUAGAGCAUGAUAUUGGGGACUGGGCCCCGAUCCAACAACAUGCCUAUGGAGUGAACCCUGAAAAGAGAGAGAAGCUCCGCAGUGAGGUGGGAAGUUACUACGGAUAUUGCAGGAGUUUCCUCUUGAAAUCAGACGUGUGUGGUAAGGACAACUUGGUUUCUGAUUGUCUCAAGGGUCGGUAGUUAAAAAGUUUUGUGUUGUGCGUUUAGUCAGUGCGUUGCCUUGGAUCACAAUUUAUUUUGACUGCACAUUUUUCCGUAUUGGAGAUGAGUUUUGUUUGGGCUCGUUCCAAGGGGACGAGAGUUCUAGAAGCUAGUGAGUUUUAUGAAGAUGAGAGUUCUAGAAGUUAGUGGGGGAAAACAUUUAUUUGUUUUUAAUUGAUAACAGCCAGUAGACACCAUGUUCAUAUUGUAGAAGGUGAAGCAUUGUAGUUGAUUAUAAUUUCAACAUUUGUUUUACGAUUCUAGAAAGAAAAAGGAGAGAGAACUAAUAAGAUUGUAUAUUAUUAUUUAGAAAUGUGUUUUUUCUUGUUUUUAAUUGUUGACAGGAGGUGAAGCAUUUUAGUUGAUUUUAGUAUGAAAUGGAAGUUGUUUUCUGUUGGUGGCGAGCAAAUUUGUCCAACAAAAAUAUAGGAUAUAUUUGUUGUCUUAAGAGGGAAGGUGUUACAGGCUUUGGUUUUUCCAUUUAUGUUUUGAGGUUGGACUUUAGCAUGUAUAGCUCGUUAAUUCCCUCACAGUGCUUUCUGUUAAACCUUACUAAUGCUUGUGUAGUAAAAUAUAAUUCUUUAAGCCGAGGCAUUGGGCUUGAGAUUGAUAAAGAACCAAACUCCUAUAACAUAGAACAAGCCUCUAUCAACACACUUUUCUAUCUGUUCUGGGUGUGUAGAAUGAACCCAUGAUGUUCAGACACUCAGCCAAGAAUAUGAUAGAAACUGACUGGUUCCUCUUGAUCCUCGACAGAGUAAAGGUUAUAUCCUGCACACCAGUAACAGAGCUGUUGUUUUGGACCUGUUUCUGGGGAAAUAUUGUGGUGGAGAAAUCAGAAUUAGCUAAGUAACAUAGAUUAAGAUGUCUUAUCUGCAGAAUAUGCUGAUAUGAACUAUUGACCUCUUGCUAUUAGAAUGUCUCCUUUCUGACUGGUGUGGGCAGCUGCACUUCCUCCCUCAAAUGGGCUUCAGUCACCUUGGGUCCAGAGAGGGGAGAAGUCAGGCUUAUCGAUCACAUGUCCCUGUUGCUAGGCAGAAUAUCAGCAUCGAUCACAUGUCCCUGUUGCUAGGCAGAAUAUCAGCAUAUACCACACGUCCCUGUUGCCAGGCAGAAUAUCAGCAUCGAUCACACGUCCCUGUUGCCAGGCGGAAUAUCAGCAUCGAUCGCACGUCCCUGUUGCCAGGCGGAAUAUCAGCAUCGAUCGCACGUCCCUGUUGCCAGGCGGAAUAUCAGCAUCGAUCGCACGUCCCUGUUGCCAGGCGGAAUAUCAGCAUCGAUCGCACGUCCCUGUUGCCAGGCGGAAUAUCAGCAUCGAUCACACGUCCCUGUUGCCAGGCGGAAUAUCAGCAUCGAUCACACGUCCCUGUUGCCAGGCGGAAUAUCAGCAUCGAUCACACGUCCCUGUUGCCAGGCGGAAUAUCAGCAUCGAUCACACGUCCCUGUUGCCAGGCGGAAUAUCAGCAUCGAUCACACGUCCCUGUUGCCAGGCGGAAUAUCAGCAUCGAUCACACGUCCCUGUUGCCAGGCGGAAUAUCAGCAUCGACCACACGUCCCUGUUGCCAGGCGGAAUAUCAGCAUCGACCACACGUCCCUGUUGCCAGGCGGAAUAUCAGCAUCGACCACACGUCCCUGUUGCCAGGCGGAAUAUCAGCAUCGACCACACGUCCCUGUUGCCAGGCGGAAUAUCAGCAUCGACCACACGUCCCUGUUGCCAGGCAGAAUAUCAGCAUCGACCACACGUCCCUGUUGCCAGGCAGAAUGUCAGCAUCGACCACACGUCCCUGUUGCCAGGCAGAAUAUCAGCAUCGACCACACGUCCCUGUUGCCAGGCAGAAUAUCAGCAUCGACCACACGUCCCUGUUGCCAGGCAGAAUAUCAGCAUCGACCACACGUCCCUGUUGCCAGGCAGAAUAUCAGCAUCGAUCACACGUCCCUGUUGCCAGGCAGAAUAUCGGCAUCGAUCACACGUCCCUGUUGCCAGGCAGAAUAUCGGCAUCGAUCACGUGUCCCUGUUGCUAGGCAGAAUAUCGGCAUCGAUCACGUGUCCCUGUUGCUAGGCAGAAUAUCAGCAGGGAGUAAGGCAAAGGAGAUCAGAAGGAAACAUUGUUUCCAUAUGUGAACCGUGUGUUUAUUGCAAACCAUGUGAAGGGAUGGCGUGAGUAUUGGGGAACCAAUCACUUGUCUCCACAGUGUCUGUGCGUCAGUCACCUCCUCCUAGAGGGAGAUUUGUAUUUGGGGCCCAAGGUCUGGCACAGGAUGUGUGGGGUUGGUGUUUGCAACCAUUGUAUGUCGUCUCUGAGGUUGCACCUAUCCUGAGAUAGUAUAUAACCCAGAAGCAAGCCUCCUUGUUAAAACAAGUCUUUUAAUAAAAGUAAAACCUUGAUUGAUUAUUCA